ACUUCAAAUUCAUCGAAAUCAUCGCUCGUUUUAGCAACUCAUCGACAUCUUGCGUUCUACGUAACUUUGCUUCUAUUUCUUGGAUUCCCUCGUCGGAGCUUUUGUUAACAGCAUAUUUUAAUCCCUGACUAAUUUGCAGUGUACAAGAUGGCGCAAGUCGCGGUUGCUCCGACGGUUGCGAAUGGGGGGACAUUGACCGCAGACGAGCUUCGUGAGAUUUUGGAGUACGAAAGAAUUGUACAAUUUCGAGAUGCUGUGAUGGCCGGGACUCACCCUCGCAUAAAAAUUGCACCACACCUGUUUUCGAAGCAAAAUAAUCCACCUCACGUAUCCUCUCCAAACCACUCGACGCCUUGCGCAGACCUGCCUGCGCACCCGACAGCUAACAACGGCUCGCAUUUCGAAGGGUUACCUUCUGUAUACAACAAGUCCCCAAAUAAUCAACGCUCUGCAGGUGGCGCACAUAUCCCGAUGUCUUCCAAGGCCGAAAUCAAUCCUAUCCUGCUGGAGAAGUCUGACGAUCUUAUCAAAGCUGAGAUCCAAUUACAAAGACAAAGGAUAGAGAGGGCUUUGAGAGAACAGUUCGAGCAACAGCGUCUUGCGGCAAAAGCAUUGCUUCAAACGUCUGAGUCUCUCCCCAAUUUUGAUAUUUCUGAAGUCUUGUCAAAAGCACUUGCAAUCGUCCACCCUUCCACCGCAGCAGAAGAACUUUCUGCUGGUGCUCGUUCAUCUGCCAGUGAUUCUUUUGACGAGAAUACUUUCUAUUCAAGUCAGUAUGAUACACCAGAGCCUUCGAGCCCAUCAGCGGGUCAGAAAGAACCUGUGGAGGUUCAGUCACACGAUGUAGUAUCGGUUGGCGAACGUCCUACUGGGCAAAUUUCUACUCAAAUCAAUGUUGGUGACCAGGACGUGGUCAUGACUGGUAUUUCACUAUCCCAUGAUAACCAAAUUGCAACGCCUGGUCGUUCGCAGCAGCAGCACUCAUCCUCCUCCGACAUGGCCAGGGCUUCAAAUUUUCACCAUCAGCAGUCAGAUAUGGGCAAGUCCGAUCCAAGCGAUUCCCGAGGAGUGAAUGCUGAAGAAUCUUCAGCCAAUAUAAGCACACAAAGACAAGUACAAAGAACGAACGAUGAUCUUCUCAAGCAAGCCUUCGAGAACCUACCAGCAUCGCCCCUGGUCAGAGCACACAACCUAUCACCGAUUGCACCCCAGCCCGCUCGCGUCUCUCCCUUGGCCACGGCAAGAGAACCUCCUAUCCUUCGAGGACCUGUUGUCAUGGAUGAGGCGCAACCUGCUCAGGUUACCGCCCUUCGUAACAACCUGUCAGGAAUCUCGAGCACGGAUAGCUCCCCAAAUCGCGGCAAAGGCUCGGAAAAGAAGAAGGAAAAGAAAAAGAAGAACAAGCGGAAGGCUAAAGAUGCAGUAGAGAAAGCUGAUACACCUGAUUCGCCAUAUAUCAAGCCAGAGCCCCGAUCCCCUUCGCCGUAUGGAGUAGCACCAUUGCCCCGCCCUCAGAAGAGACAACGGCAAUCCGGCCAAUUUGCAGCUGAACUCAAUUACGACGAGCCCCGACAAGAACCCCAGGAAGAGCCGCAAGAGCGCAUCACCGAGCGAAUUCAAGAAGUACGAGGUCCCCGAACAUAUGAGCGGCACGAAGAUCGAUAUGAGCCUGAGUUGCGUCGGCCAGAGCCUGUCUACCGUCGCGUUGAGAGAGAAGAUGAUGAGUAUCGACGCGUGGAUUCUGGACAGUAUGCACGACGACCUCAGUCCCCGCCAGGUUUCUCUGUUCCUUAUGGUGCAAGUGAAAUUCGUACAGUUCGAGCAGCAUCACAGGCCAUUGUUGAUCGCAGAGUUCAGGAGGAACCCAGGUACUAUCCCGUUCGAGCCAGCGUCCGUCCUGAUGCAGAUCGUGAACGAUCUAGAUCCCCGAUCAUGCGUGAGCGACGCUCCCCAAUCGCUAUGGCCCCUCCUCGACAGACUGUACGCAUUGUGAUGGACGGGUUUGGCCGAAAGUACUAUGAGCCUGUCCCAGCACCUAUCAUCAGACAAUCUGUCGCCCCUCCCAUCCGAUACCGCGAUUCUGAGGUGAUCUACGAGCGAGCACCGGUCAGAACCGUGUCAAGCCGUAUUCCGGUCGAUGCUUACGAAGAAGACGGGGUUGUUUAUCGAAGACCUGCAUCACCUGUUGCUGUCCCUCGACGUGUCGUUACACAGCCAGAGUAUACAAUUCCCGCCCAGCCAGAAUACCGCUCUUACCGCCAAAGAGAAUAUUCGGACCGCCCUACAAUGGCACCCCCUGGAGAUGGGUACAUGCAAGUCAGAGAUGCGCCGGAGCGUCGUCAGAUGAGUGAAGCACCUCGCGAACAUGUACAGAGAGCACCGAGCACCAGACCGGAAGCAGUGAGAUAUGAGAUUCCUAGGGAAUACGCGGGAAGACUUCAAAGCGUUCGCCCGGAGCCACCUCCAAGAGAAUACGCGUCAAGUGUCCGCCCAGAGGUUCGCAGAGAAGCGAUUCCUCAAUCACAAAGAGAGUUCAGCGUUCGACCCAUGGAUGCCAUUCCCCGCCGCCAAGUCCCUGUGGUUGAAGAUGAUCGAUAUUACGAGGAGGUUCCCAGUAGAAGACCAGCUGAGAUUGCUUUUAUUGAGAGACCUAGAGCUAGGGAGUCAUCUGUGCUCGUAUACGCAGACGAUGUUCGGAGGGAAGUGUACCGACAGUAGGGAAAACGAGGAAAAGAGGAGCAUGAUGGAUGUGAUAAUGUCAGGAUUAACAAGUUCAAGUAUCGAAAGAGCAUUUUUGACGUUGAUUUCGAUGAUCAUAGAGUGUGGCUGGUGUGAAGGCAUUCAGUUGGUUUCCAUACCAAAGAGCUUUCCCCGGAUGCCACUGCUGCCAUGAGAUGAAGGUGUUAACGCACCAUUGGAACUCGUACUGUAGAGUAGCCCGCUCUUGCAUUGCUUUCAAAAAUAGAAGUACUCCUCAAAUUAUUCCGCC